AUGCCGCCGCGGCUGUGCUUCCUGUCGAGCAGAGGACGCCCGCUCGUCCCUGUCGCUUUGACCGCGCCAAUCGCCAAGGCCCGAGCGCCCGCUUUCGUUGACCGCGCCUCUGCCUCCAGAUCCCCCCAGCCCGCACUGCCUCAGCCGCCUCCACCGAACGGGCUGAAGCCCAUGGGUGAGCUGCCCCCCCUGUUCCUGGUGAAUUUUGAUAAGAGAUCUUAUCUUUCCACAAAGAGAAACCUUUGCAGCUGGGAACUAAACCAAGCUAUGGGCGGUAUGUACAGGACUAAUUUUCGCCGUCGACCAGCGGCAACGCCGACAACCUCCGACCCUUCCUCCUUCUCCUCCCCGGCGAUCGGAGACCUCCACCUACGACUGAACCAGACACAGAGGGUCCGCCUCGAGGCCGCACUCCACGAGCUCCAGACCCUCGCCCCCGCCGCCGCCGCCGCCGCCGUCACCUUCGCGGACAACAUCCCCUUCAACCCCGAGGACACCAUCCUCAGGGGGCAUGGCACGUCUGAUCAGGACGGGGAGGUUGUGGCGACGGUGUGCGGCGUGGUGGAGCGGGUCCAAAAUCUCGUCUGCGUGAGGACGCUCCGCGCAAGGUAUAAGCCACAGAAAGGGGAUAUCAUUAUUGGCCGUGUCAGUGAGAUUGCUUCUAAGCGCUGGAGGUUGGAGACAAACUUUAGCCAAGGUGCUGUUUUGAUGCUUUCUUCUAUGAAUUUGCCUGAUGGAAUCCAGAGACGGAGAACUGAUGUUGAUGAGCUUAAUAUGCGGAGUAUACUUGAAGAAAAUGACCUUGUUUGUGCUGAAGUUCAUCAUAUCCAACACGAUGGAUCUCUUGACCUACAGCCAAGGAGUCAGAAAUAUGGAAAGCUUCAGAGGGGUCAAUUGCUCACAGUACCUGCCUAUUUGGUAAAACGGCGAAAGCAGCAUUUCCAUCAUCUUGAGCAAUAUGAUGCCGAUUUGAUUCUCGGUUGCAAUGGAUUCAUCUGGGUCGGCGAGCAUGUCGUGGCGGAUGAAGAGACUAAUGCGAACGAAGAUCAACAUAAGUUGAGCAUGGAAGUGGAGGCUUUUACCCCACUAGAAACUAGAAGGCACAUUUGCCGGCUUGCCAAUGCCGUGCACGUGCUUUCGGCCCUUGGAUUCACCCUUACUGUCGAACUGAUAAUCCAGACCGCUGAAGCAAGCCUAUCAUCACACGUCGAGAUAAACGACAUGCUCGGAGCUGAAUUUUAUGUCCAGACAGCGGAGAGAGAGGCCAAGCGUCGAGCCGAUCUCUCGAGAAGGAUGAAUGGGCCAAGGUAAAAUGCAGUUUGGUCCUGCCUGCCUGAUUAUUUGUAGAGUAACAGUACCUGACCUGUACGAUAUUAUCUGUAAAGGAAAAUAGAGCCAAUCGAGCGCCGACGUAGUCGAACACAUACAGAUCAAGAACUGUUUUGAGAUGUGGACCCUUGCUCGACCCUGUCGCGUCCAUGUAGUUAGUGGUAGCAGUAUCAAAAUAGCUGCUACCGACGGAGAUUUUGUGUACUCUGUUACAUAGGCCGCUGUUCACUUGCAUAAACUUGCCUUUUGUGUUCUUUUGAGGGCCGGGCAGGAGUAUUUACAGGAUAUAAGAAGUAGCC